GGAAAAGCCGAAGUUCUCCGAAGAGCCGAGCGUCAGUGUAAUUCGUAAACAAGGUCGGACGCUGCAGCACGCAGUGCAACUCCUCAUCUUUUACGCGAGGAUAGUACGGACUGAGUUGCUUCCUGUGGCGUGCGACAAGAAAGGAUUGUCACGUUACCAAUCGGACCCUUUGUGACAUUCAUCGGGAAGGACUCCCACAACAGGCAGACAAGAUGUUUCAAUGUUUUCACUUCAUUGCUGAACCCAUCAAAACCAUGACAAUCAAAAUAAAGACAUCGAGCAUCAAAUCCAAGAAAAAGAAGACGCCAGAUUACUUGGAUGAAGAGCAGCUACUUAUUGUGGAACUGGCUCGAGAUCUUGGCCGAGUGUGCCAGAGCGCAUCAAUCCUGGAGCACGUCUGGAACAAGGAUGAGACUUGGCCAACCCCUCUCUGCUGGGUCUUCAUUCUCGAAUGGGCAUCCAUGUUAGGGAGAAAGAACAGGCCCAUGCAGACCGAUGGCUGGCCAGAAGCUGAUGGUGACGAAAAGUGUGAUCUGACGAACCAGCAGGACAUGCAGAAGGCUAAGUUGGACCUCCUCAAAUGGAUGAAAGACCUAAAAGCUCAGCCUGAGGCAAGUCGCUUGAACUGAUUUUGUUCCUCCCCAAAUUUCCAUCGCGUGUUAAUUUGACCCGCGCCUCAAAAAGUAUUAUAAUUCAUUGUGAUGUAGCAAAGCGUUCAGCUGGGGGAAACUGUGUCAAACAUCCUGGAGGACUUGAGUUCAGCUUGGCGCUGGGGCCGUGUGCCAAACCUUCUGUGUGCCAUGGAGCUGGUUUUGUGGACUGUGAUGCUGCAGGAUUCAGAUAAGCCGCAGGAUACAAUCCCACAGCAAUGGUUGAUGUGGAAGCAGAAAACAAAGAUUGGUGCUAUACCCUACAUUCCUCAACCAGUGUGGGAAUGGAUCACAGAUGCUGCAGUGGAAGUGAUCCUGAACCAAGAUACAGCCAAUCCUGAUCUUCUCAUCUCGGGUGAUGAGAAGAGAAUGCGUUGUGGCUUUGAAAGGAAAGAUAUCCCCAAUUACCACCAGCGCUUCGAUGGCUGGUGGUGCGCUGUUGGAAUGGUAGGCUAUGAAUCGGGCCGCCACUACUGGGAGGCGGAGGUGGGUGAGCGAGACUGGCGGGUGGGCGUGGCCAAGGAGUCCGCUCUGAGGAAAGGUUUCAAGUCCCUCAACACUGACACGGGUUAUUUCACCCUGCGUCUGGAAAGGGGCACUGAGCUUAAGGCACUCACCGUGCCCUUCACUGCCCUGCCGCCAGGCCUCAUCCCUCGAAAGGUGGGUGUUUACCUCGACUACGAUGGUGGCCAGCUGUCCUUCUAUGACGCGGACAGACAUGUCCACAUCUACACUUAUAAUGAGCGCUUCCGAGAGAAGCUCUUCCCACUGUUUGGCACAGUGGAGAUCAAUGAUGAUCUGGUGAUCAGGACUCCUGAAGCCAAAACCCAAUGUCUCUGCGCCACAUCCUGCCUGUGGGGUUGAUUUCAUUCCUCGUCAACCUUUCCUUCAAUAUAUCCAGUAGAUAUCCUAUUAAGGAAUUUCAAGGUUUCAAGGUUAUGUAAAUAUACUAAUCACUGGGAGGAAUCAAAGAUCCUGCUGUCAGAGCCCGUUGUUGUGCUUUCAAAUAGCUUCAAGGUGUGACCACUCUCUGUGCUACUGCUACUUUCCUCGUUCCUACACUCAAAUUGAAAACUGUCCUCACAUAUUUGGUGUUUGGAAGGAGAACUGUAGAAUAUACAUUGUCGUGUACUGUAAGAGUAAUCAUAUACUGAAUAAAGGAAAUGAAUGAUGGUA